AUGACUAUCGAUGCUAUUCCCCACUGGAAGCCCCACGUUCUGGAAAAACGUGCAGCUCAAUAUGAUCUCAUUCCACCAGAAUGGCGACUUCCUAUUUCAAUCCUGGAGAAUGCCCCCGCAUCUAGUGUGGACCUCAUUCGGAAGAGUGCCAUUCUUUCCCCAAACGAGCUGGCUUGGACUAACACCACCGAUAUACGGGAACUAAUUUCGCUGGUUGUCACGCAGACUGUGAGCAGUGAACAGCUAACAACAGCUUUUUGCAAACGCGCAGCCAUUGCACAACAGGUGACAAAGUGUUUGACAGAAAUAUUCUUUGACAAGGCACUGGCUCGAGCCAGAGAAUUGGAUGAGCAUUUACGUCGAACAGGAAAUACUGUCGGGCCCUUGCAUGGAGUCCCAGUAUCUAUUAAAGAUCGCUUUGAUGUGGAAGGCCUGGAUACAACUGUUGGCUGGGUUGGUCUCGCCAAUAAACCAGCAAAGUCUUCAAGCUCCAUUGUGGAAUUGCUGGAGUCCAUGGGUGCUGUCUUAUAUGUUAAGACUAACGUCCCACAAGCCCUCAUGAUGUCUGACUCAUAUAACCAUGUCUUUGGCCAAUCUGUGAAUUCAUUUAACCACCAACUCAUCUCUGGUGGCAGCUCUGGUGGCGAGGGUGCCCUUGUGGGCUGUGGAGGAAGCAUCCUGGGAAUCGGAACGGACAUUGGUGGAUCCAUUCGUGUGCCAUCAAACUUGCAAGGUCUAUAUUCGGUCUGCCCAACAACUGGGCGGGUACCAUGGGACUGCUCUUUUCUGCACCAACACUAUCUCGUACCCCCUGUGGCCGGGCCGAUGGCAUCCUCUCUCGCAACAGCAGAGUACUUUAUGAAGCGCCUCCUUGCCUCAAGCCCAUGGAACAUCGACCCUGCAGCCAUUCCUAUUCCUUGGCGUAAAGAGCUUGCCACGCCACCUACAGACCGCAAGCUCCGGCUCGGUGUCGUUUUCGACGAUGGCAUUGUCAAGCCGCAACCACCCGUAGCGCGGGUGAUGCAGCAGACUAUCAAAGCACUACGAGACGCGGGCCACGAAGUAAUCGAAUGGGAUACCACGCUCCAUGGCCCUGCAACAAACCUUUGGACAAAAGCGGUCCUCUCUGAUGGCGGACGCCAUUGUCGCAAGCUAUGUGAAAUAAUUGACGAACCUCUGAUCGAAGGCAUGGUCGUUGGGACAGAGAAAGACGCAUUGGACUUCGACGAGAGAGAGAAGCUUGAGGGGCAGAAAUAUGCGCUACAGACAGUUUUUCUGAAACAAUGGCUGAAUGCUGGGAUCGACGCCCUCCUUAUGCCAGUCUUGCCGUGGGUUGGGUACCGGCCGAAGACGUGGGUAGAAAGUAAGCAGUGGCUGGGAUAUACGGCUAUGUGGAAUCUGCUAGACUAUGCGGCCGUUACGGUUCCUGUUGGCCGCGCAGACCGAGAAAUUGAUGUUGUUGGGAGUGAAAUUCACGGGGACUGGGAGGGACAUGUGCCCAGGAAUGAGUCUGACGCCUUUAAUCAUGGGCAAUAUGAUAUCGAGCUUGUACACGGUAUGCCCAUAUGCAUUCAGAUCGUCGGUGGAAGGUUUGGAGAAGAAAAAGCCGUUGCAGUUGGAAAAGUGGUGGAUGAGUUGAUGAAUCCUACUCCGUUUCAUCCCUUCAAGUGA